AUGGCUGAAGCGUCGAAAAUUAACUCCGGGGAUAAGAGGAGGAGUCUUAAGGGAAAGACGGCUCUGGUGACCGGCGGAACGAAAGGCAUCGGACAUGCCAUAGUAGAAGAGCUAGCAGAGUUUGGGGCCAUAGUUCACACAUGUUCCCGCAACCAAACUGAAUUAGACCAACGUUUGGAUGAAUGGAAAACUAAAGGUUUCUAAGUAACUGGAUCAGUGUGUGAUGUCUCACACAAAGACCAAAAGGAAAAGCUAAUAGAAACGGUUGCUUCUCUGUUUCAGGGGAAGCUCAACAUCCUUGUGAGUUUACUAUUUUUUUCGUAA